GAACUCUAUGGUCGCCCGCCCUCGGCGCUUCCUCUCUAGCCUCUCUCGCACUCUAUGCUCCUCGGCCCCGCGGCCGGCCGGGAGGGGCGCGCGGAGGGAGGCGGGGCGGCAAGGCUGGAGGUGUCCGAGCCUCCCGAGCCGCGGGAGACCGGAGCCGGCUGUGUGACAGCUCGUCGGCCGCCAUGUCAGCAAGCGGGGCUGCCAGCAGACCCGGCGCCCGGCGGUAGCCCUUGCGUUGCCUCGGAUGCCCAGGCAUGGAAGGCCUUUGAUGAAACUUUAAACAGUUCCACAAAAGAUGCGCUAAUGGAUGACAGCGACCCUCCUACAUACAGUCUUCAGAUAGAACCACAAGAUGGAUGUCACCCGGGUGGCAGCGUGGAAAGGAGAGUGACGCCCUUGCCUUCUGUCUCAGACGAAAAUGAAAAUCAGCUUGCCGGGGACGGGCCUGCAGGUCUGACGGGCGGUGACAGUGCCAUGGGGAGAGCCACAGUGUCUGAACAGGACAGUCUCAACAAUAAUGAAAGCUGCCUGUCCAGCUGCGAGGUAGCCCCCGGUGAGACAGCAGAGCACACGCCAUGUGACGGUCCCAAAGAUGACCAGCCUUCCCUGGGCCAGGACCAAAAACUCCCUGGAAAUCAAAGUCCAAGAGCCAAAAGAGGCACUCCCAAGAACGUACCUCCAGGAGAUGCCAGACCUUUAGUGCAGACACUGACUGCAGAGUUGCAGGCUGUUGGGGAAGAGGCCGCCGGAGUGAAUGCAAAUGACCCCCCCAAAGCUCCAGCACCGGCGCUGCAGCCGCUGUUCUCGCUGAUCCGAGGGGAGGUGGAGCAGAUGGACUCAAGAGCACUCCCCCUCUUCCUCCAUCAGGUAGCUGAGACCUAUUUCCAGGAAGAGGACUAUGAGAGAGCAAUGAAAUUCAUCCAGCUUGAACGAUUGUAUCAUGAGCAACUGCUCGCAAAUCUUUCUGCCAUUCAGGAACAGUGGGAAACAAAAUGGAAAGCUGUCCAGCCACAUACAGUGACGCCUCUGAGGAAUUCAGAAAAGGGAUUUAAUGGUGAAGAUUUUGAGCAGCUUGCUAAAAUUUGCACAACUCAUAAAGACCCUCUCUUGUCCAAGCAUAAGAUAGCACCUGUGGAAAAGUCCCUGGGAAGAAAAUGCUUAACCCGGGUGACAGCGUCUGAAGAGCCAAAGGGAAGAGGAGCGACAGCCAAAGAGCCAGAGAUUGAAGUCUGCCCUAGCAUGGAACCGGGUGGAGGCCAGCAUGAAGAGCAGCCCCCAGAGAGCAGUCCGGGCUCUCAUCAAAUGGACUGGCAGGCAGCUUCCCCGGGCCUUCCAGUGACUGCAGGGAAGGACCACACGGAGGGGGCGGAGCAGCUCUGCGGCUCCAGUGCCACACUGGAGCUCCACACCCAGUCCCCAGAGACGGCCAGGAGCAGGUCAGGACCAGACGCUGCUGAGGACGCCGGUGAGGAUGACAGCUGCGUGCAGGCACCUCCCUCAGAGGACCGCCCCGAUGUGGCCGAAGACCCUAAGGUGUCUCCUCCCAAGGAGUCAGUGACAGAGCGGCAGCUCUUGCUAGGCCAUGGCAGUAUACCUCCUUCGUUGAUUUCAGAGGGUAAAUAUUCCCAGGCACACCGGAGAGAACUCUGCCUGCCAGUUCAGGGUGUAUUUGAAGCGCUGCCCAGGGAUCAGCUUCCGAGCGGUGAAUUAGAUGAAUCACAGCAGCCUGAUGGGAAGUCACCACAGAGUCAGACUGACUUGGAGCCUGGCUCUGAGAAUGCGCUUUGUGGUGACGGUAAAGCGUCUGACGUAAGUGCACUGUGCCCAGAAGUGUGUAUGGCCCCAGAAGAAGGGCGGGAUAAGGAAGACCAAGUCAGUAAGGAAACCGAAGACUAUCUGAACAGCCUGUUGGAAGGAUGCUUAAAAGAUGCUGACGAGUCCCUUUCCUAUGAAGAUAUCCAGGACGACGACGACUCGGACCUCCUCCAAGACCUUUCUCCUGAAGAGGCGUCCUACAGUCUCCAGGAGACCCUGCCUCCUGAUGAGGGCUCACUCUCCCUUGAUGAUCUGGCCAAGAAGAUAGAGAUCGCAGAGGCCGUUCCUGCAGAAGGGCUGGUGUCCAUCCUAAAGAAGAGGAAUGACGCAAUGGGAGACCAUCCUGCCCCAAUGCAGCCGAGGCCAGCUAAGCGGAGAGUGCGCUUCCAGGAAAUAGAUGAUAACCUGGAUCAAGAUGAAGUCAGCAGUGGCUCCUGCAUCCUGCUCGUCUUGCUGUGCAUAGCCACGGUUUUCCUCAGUGUUGGAGGAACUGCACUCUACUGCACUCUGGGUGACAUGGAGUCACCUGUUUGUACAGACUUUGCCGACAACAUGGACUUCUAUUACACGAAGCUGCUGCAGGGGGUGGCGGGGCUCAAACACUGGGUCUACCUCUCCUAGCAGCAGGGGGGACAGGCGUGCCGACAGACAGACAACGAUGCAGACUUCCCAAACAGCUUUUCUUUCAGGAGUCACGCAACAUUCCCCCUCCCCAGCAGCAAGGACCCCAGGACCGACUGACGUUAGAAACAGCAACUUCAGAGGCAGCCCAGAGAACUGUCAGAAUGAUGAUGCACGGAAGAAGGUUGAUGCUGGUGGAGGCGCUGGGGACGGAGGGGAGGCGCCGUGGAGAGCACGCCUGUCCUUGCUGCUUGCUUGUGCAGUGAAGCACACUGGGCAGCGUCGUGCAAGCCUGAAGGACACUCCCGGUUUACAGUUGUUGCUCCAUAGGCAUUGCUUCCCCCCGCCGCCGCCCCCACCACCACCACGCAAUACGUUUCUUUGUAAUCAGAGAGAGUUACCUUAUGGUUCCAAUGCCAUUUUUUAGUUAAUCUGGGAGCUGUAUAAUUUAAGCUUUGGGCAUUACUCUAAAUUCUCCAUUUGUGAAAUGGUUGUGUGGGUGCGUGUAUGUCUGAAGCAGUUACCACACGCGGAUAUCCAGCCUAGAGUACAAAGAUGACCUUUAUUCUUUUAACUUGACUACAAUGUGCAGGCACACACACAUCUCUGGAGAAGGCUUCCCUGUGAACUAGAUAAACCGUAGGAAUAUUGGCCCUUGAGGGGCGGAUCUGUGGCAAUGAAUUUGACAGGCCCGAAGGCACCAUGACAGAACUCCCAGGUCUCAGGUGAGAUUCCGCUGUGGCUUCUAUGCUGCCUGAAGCAAUGCAUCCUGGUUCCACCGCUCAAGAGAGACUUACUGAGCAGUUAUUACGUUCUGGAACUAAGACUAGGAGUCCAAGUGAAGGGUGGUUCCUAGUGUAUGGGUGUUCAUGUAAGGUAAACCCUUACUCAGUUAAAUGAAGCAGGACACCACGUGUAACUGAGUAGUUACAGGGCAUACACUCGGGUGUGUGGAAUGUGUGUUCCUACCACAGACUCAUUUUGGUUCCCUGUCAUUGGGUCAUGAAGCGGAAAUUCAAUCAUACCUUAAAUAGACAAGUUUAAAUGUCCAGUUCUGUUUAAAUCUGUCGUUAGGUGGCCUUUCCUUAUUUACGGUACAGUGAUCUAAUGUUUAGGAAGCCUUGCUUUGACUUUUUGUAUUCUAGGCAACAUCUUUUUUUAAAAAUCAUGAAUUAUAGUUUUUUAGCAAGUGAUCUUUAUGUUCUGUUUUCUUUGUUAGAAUCAUUUGGAAGGAAAAGAGAGAAAUUGCUUUGUAGUUACUGGCUGGCACAGUACCUUCCUUUGUGUUUCUGCUUAUUUAUUUGGAUCUUGUGAAUUUAAAGGGCUUUUUGUAUGAGUUGAGAGUGUGUGGCUGAGCAUGUAUUUGGUCAUCUCACCGCUACCUAUUUAAUUAGAUACUCAGUGUUUUGAUUUCUAUUGUUUCAGCUCCAUAUAUUUUAGCUUAUUUUUAAAUUGACAUUUUAUUUUUACUAUAAUACUGUGUGGCUUAUCUCUUAUCAUGUCACCAUAAACUGUAAUAUUUUCAAUGGUUAUAGAUCAGAGUUAUUUAUUUAGAAGUAUACAGAAUACUGAAAUUUAGAUUCCUUAUACCUGAGGCUGAUUUUAUCAGAAGAUUAUUUUAAUGUCCUAUUAUAAAUUUGAAGACUUUGUAUUCACAUCAUGUGUAAAAUAGGUCCCAUUGUCCUGGUUCUGCCAUGAGCAGCGGUUCUGUGGAAGCCGUUAGUGAGGAUUCUGUACGGGCCUCCGCAUGAUACACAAACGUGUUUCACCCUCGUGAUUUCUAGUUGCAGGGACUUGGUGGCCCUUGUUUCUGACAAUUUUAUAUCCAGAAAAGUUAAAAUCUUCCUCCUGUUUGCCUACUUUAGGUCACUCAGAGUCCUGUAUGACCUCUGGUGUUAUAUUUACCUCUCGGCCACCUUGGCCACUUUUCUAGAACCCAAGGUUUCCCAGGAGCCAUCAUCAAAAGAAGGGCCCGAAUUGACACCUGUCUAACCGGGGCCCCGUUGUGCGUCAGAGGAGCUGGGGAGGUCACCAACUUCAGGGACCACAGAGUGAUCAGGAGUAGGCUGACCGCUUGACUUAAGUGGGCAUGAAAUCUCACCUAGAAACACGAGGGCACCUUUGAAAAUGUCAUAGUCAUUUACUGCAUGAACUGGAGCAUCCCACCUAGAGAGGAGAGGACGUUAUCCCAUGCAUAAAGAGCUCAUCUACUGUACUGAGGUACCAUUUCUCCUCUCAUCUGAAAGUGCUGACAACUAUUUAUAACUAGCCUUCUUAAGAACUGUGUUUGAGGGUGUCAAAUCAAGCUUGUAAUUUAAAAUCUAUACCAACAAAACGUC